GACACUGUCUUCUUCGCGUUGAUUCAGGUUUACUCCGUAUCGGCUAGGUUAUCACGGAGAGGCCCUUCAAUACAUAGUUACAGUCAUUCUCAACAGGUAUUCUCCCGACUGGCAAGAUGAAGCCGAUAGUUGCGGUUCCGGCGACGCUAUUACUCGUCUACCGCGCCUGGUCCAGAAAGUCUUUGACUCCACUGGGAAUCAUUUUUGCUACGCUCACAGCCAUUGUACACUCAUUUCAUCCUUCACCGGCGCCGUUCGCAUUCUUGGGGGUUUUCUAUCUGGGCGGGACGUCCAUGACAAAGAUAAAACACGAUGUGAAAGCGAAAUUGACAGUUUCGGCUUCCGGAUCUGCCGGCGGCGAAGGCCCCAGAACACACAUACAGGUCCUGGCGAACUCGGUGGUCGCCUCGAUUCUAAUUCUAUUGCACACUUACCAGCUCUACCAGAAUAGAGGGCACGGCCCCCAGUGCUUUGCUUACGGGGGAGAUCUCUUGAUGGUGGGGAUUGUUGCGAACUACGCCGCCGUGGCCGCAGAUACCUACUCGAGUGAACUCGGCAUCCUCUCCAAGUCUCCGCCGCGACUGAUAACUUCUCUCACGCUCCGCAAAGUACCUCGCGGAACAAAUGGUGGCGUCACACUAGUUGGCCUUGGUGCUGGGGCUCUAGGAGCUUUCACAAUUGCUAUAACCUCCUUGCUAUUGCUCCCCUUUUGCCCUUCGGGCCCUCUACCGGAAUUUACAAAAACCGGCUUCGAUGGUGGUCGCGCGUGGGGUCCAAGGGAAAAGAUAGCUUGGGUGGUCGCUGUGACUGUUUGGGGAACGCUAGGCAGUGUACUGGAUAGCGUUCUGGGUGGCCUCUUGCAAGCCACGGUUGUCGACAAACGGUCGGGCAAGGUGGUGGAGGGAGAGGGCGGAAGCAAAGUCCUUGUUCAUCCUGGAGCCGUGAUUCCCACGGGACUCAACGACACACCUAUUCGACAAGGCAGUCAAUUACGAAUAACUGAAGAUAUCGUCAAUGCGGUUACGCCCCGACGGCUGAGGCAUGAAAUGAAAGUAUCGGACCAAUCUAUCGGUGAUCCGGCCGAUGUCGAGCACGAAAGUAGGAAGAUUGAAACAGGACAUGAUAUUCUAGAUAACAACGCUAUUAAUGUGCUAAUGGCAGCAACCAUGAGCGUGGGGGCAAUGGCUGUCGCCGGCUAUGUAUGGGGUGUACCUUUCCAGAGCAUGCUGCGUUGACGCAAAGUAAUAUUUUAUGAUAGUUCUUCUACGGUCGCCUGCCUUUGUUUGUGGAAAUGCGUUGCUAAGUUUUAGUCAUGUAUAAAUCUGGAUAUGACGUUGGCCGCAUGAAAUAAAAAUUCACAAUAUUUCGAUA